AGGCGCUCCGUUUCCGGAGGCAGGGUCUGGGAAAGGGGUGGCAGGCGCCAUGUCCGGCCGGGAAGGUGGCAAGAAGAAGCCCCUGAAACAGCCCAAGAAGCAGGCCAAGGAGAUGGACGAGGAAGAUAAGGCUUUCAAGCAGAAACAAAAAGAAGAGCAGAAGAAACUCGAAGAGCUAAAAGCAAAGGCCGCGGGGAAGGGGCCCCUGGCCACAGGUGGAAUUAAGAAAUCUGGCAAAAAGUAAGCUGUUCCUUGUCCCUGAGGAGAUGGGGACCCUUUAUUUCAUCCG